CUGCUGUUGCUACUGCUGGGGCCGGCCUGGGCCGCGAAGGAGAAGUGUCUCACCAAGAAGUACACCACCAGCGGGGAAUGCUGCAGAGCCUGCAACCUGGGAGAAGGGGUAGCGCAGCCCUGUGGGGUGAAUCAGACGGUCUGUGAGCCAUGCCUGGACAGCGUGACCUACUCGGACACCGUCAGUGCCACGGAGGCGUGCAAGCCGUGCACAGAGUGCGUGGGCCUGCAGAGCAUGUCAGCUCCCUGCGUGGAGUCGGACGACGCCGUCUGCAAAUGCAUCUACGGCUACUACCAGGACGAGGGGAGCGGCCAAUGCAAGGAAUGUGACAUCUGCGAGGUGGGCUACGGCCUGAUGUUCCCGUGCGGGUACACUCAGAACACCGUCUGCGAGGAGUGCCCCGACGGGACCUUCUCCGAUGAAGCCAACCACAUGGACCCCUGCUUGCCCUGCACCAUCUGUGAGGAGAACGAGAUCUUGAUCAAGGAGUGCACCCCGAUAUCCGAUGCCAAGUGCAGAGAUCUUCACCCGCGCUGGACGCCUCGGACCCCGACCCUGAUGGGGUCUGACAGCCCCAUGCCUUUCACCAAAGACCCGUACGAUACCGAAGGCAUCGCCAGCACCCUCGCAGAUACAGUCACCACCGUCCUGGGUAGCUCCCAGCCAGUCGUGAGCCGCGGCACUGCCGAUAACCUCAUCCCUGUCUACUGCUCCAUCCUGGCAGCCGUGGUGGUGGGGCUAGUGGCCUACAUUGCUUUCAAAAGGUGGAAUAGCUGCAAACAGAACAAACAGGGCGCCAACAACCGCCCUGUCAACCAGACCCCCUCUCCGGAAGGAGAGAAGCUUCACAGCGACAGCGGGAUCUCCGUGGACAGCCAGAGCCUUCACGACCAACAGCCACCAACACAGACCGCACAGGUGCAGGCUCUGAAAGGAGACGGGAACCUCUACACCAGCCUGCCGCCUAACAAGCAAGAGGAGGUGGAGAAGCUGCUGAACAGUUCCCCGGAGGACACCUGGCGCCACCUGGCGGGGGAGCUGGGCUACAAGGAGGAUCACAUAGACUCCUUCACGCAGGAGGAGUGCCCUGUCCGGGCCCUGCUCUCCGACUGGUCCAGCAAGGACAGCGCCACCAUGGACGCCCUUUAUGCCGCCCUGCGCCGAAUCCAGCGGGGAGACAUUGUGGAGAGCUUGUACAGCGAGUCGACCGCCACGUCGCCGGUGUGA